AUGGACCCGCCCACGAUAGGAUCUGGCUGCAGCCAUACAGAAUGUCACAACCACGACUUCCUGCCUAUAAAGUGUCCUACAUGUAACAAGCUCUACUGUUCCGACCAUUACUUUCAAGAUGCGCAUGAAUGUCAAUCGGACGAAACGCUAGACAAUAAUGAAACUGCUUCUGCUGAACGAUCACCCGUAUCCCCAUGUUCUUUCGAAGGGUGUACGAAACCAUGCUUAGAAUCCUACGUCUCCGAAGACGUUGGUGAAAGUUGCCGAACACCAGCGCUAUGCUCUCGCUGUUCUUUGGCGUUUUGCUCAAUCCAUCGCUUCCCUGAAAGUCACGCAUGCAAAGGACCAGUACCAACCGAGCCCGUAAAGAACGAAGCCGCAAGAGCCCUUCUAGCCAAGAACUUCCCAAUGCUCAACGCCGGAAAGAGCGAACAAAGCUCACAACCUCCUACCGGUCCAUAUACCAAAAAGCGACAAAAAUCCCAGGCAUCAAAGACCGUACAACUAAUGAAAAUGCGGCAAACUGCCGUUCCGGGUGACCCCAAGUCAGGUCAAGUCCCACCAACUGAACGGCAUCAUGUACAAGCGAAGAUAAAUACCACGGAAGCGUACAAAUGCUUUUGGUUCCGAAAGUCCGUAUCAACAGGAAGGGCCUUUGACCUUCUUCAGCAACGGCUUCAAGCAUCACCAGUUAAGACAUGGACGCUGUAUAAAGAGCUUGACGAAAGUGACGAGCCACCCAUAUUGGUCUCGACUUUCGACAAACCUCUAUCAGAAGAGUUUGAAGACGGGUGUAAACUAUUGCUUGUUCCAAGUUAA